AUGGCUACUGGUAAUCUGAUUCCAGAGAAUUACCAGACACUGACACCGAUUUUAAAAACUCCUGUCAGUGAUACAUUUGCGAUUCUACUUUCGCAACAAGGUCGUACAUGUGGCUUUUUCGAAGCGCAGUUCUUCCGUUGCAUGGAGGCUUACGGCGCAAAACUAGGCCGCAAAUAUUGCGAUUUAGAACAUCGCGACUUCAGAGAGUGUCUUACAAACGAGAAACAGAUAAAGCGUGCUGAAGCGAUUGCCAACCAACGUCGAAAGCUGUACUUCGAAGGCAAGCUCGAGAAACCUUUCCUAGAAAAUCAUCCACCACCAGGACAAUUCAAGCCAGACCACUUCGAGUGGAACAGGAUCCAUUAA